GCAUAAGCAAAUUUGAGAAUUUCCUGUCUGAAGUAAUCCGCAAAGAAAGGGGAAAAAUGGUGGUAACAUGUCUCCAAACGAAUCCAAACUCUUAUUUUAAACCCUUAAUUUCAUUUCCUUCUCUAAACCCUAAAUAUUCCCUGUUAAAUCUCUCCUUUUCCCCUAAAACCUCGGAUAUUGCUGAACCCGUAAUCUCUUUACAAGACAAAGCGAAACCUCCUGCUCUUUCUGAUGAACGGCCACUGGAUGAUUCCCUCUCUGAAUCUUCUUCUGAGAAAGCGAAGCUUGGAGUGGUGGUGAAGCCAUUGGAGAAGCCAAGGGUAGUGUUGAAGUUCAUAUGGAUGGAAAAAGAUAUAGAGAUAGCCCUUGAUCAAGUGAUACCGGGGCAUGGUUCAAUCCCAUUGAGUCCAUAUUACUUUUGGCCUAGGAAAGAUGCUUGGGAAGAGCUCAAGGUUUUGCUUGAAAGCAAGCCAUGGAUAUCCCACAUGCAAAGGAUCCACCUUCUCAAUAAUGCUACCGACAUUGUCAAUUUAUGGCAGACAAGUGGUGGUAAUUUAUACUAAGCGUUUUCAACUGACAAAGUUUUGUUCAAUCUCUUUUACUUCUAGUUGCAAUUACAUUCCUUGUUUUGCUAAAUUGAGCUGAAUCAAAUAUGGGUGACUGAAUGUUCUUGUGAUAGCCUUUUUUAUGUGAAUCAAGUGUGUGUGUGU